AUGGAAGGCUAUGUGCCCAGCCUGCUCCCCUGGAGCACCAAUAAGAGACCAAAGCAGGGGGGUGGUGGGAUGUUUUUAUUCUGCUGGCCUUAUGUGGAGAAGGGCAAGGGAGCAGGUGGUGAUCAAGGGAAGUGGGAGCAGGUGUUAUGGAGGAGAAAUGCAGGAAGUUUUCUCCUCUGUCACGUUGCUGUUGCUCCUCACAGUCAGGGGAACAUCUGGCUGUUUGAAGACUCUGUGCUCAUCACCGGGAAGGUACCUGACAGCUCAUCACAGCCGAUGGUGAAGUUCCCAAAGAACAUUCUCACAAUCCCAGAUAAGACCAACAUGUCUUCGGUGAUGGCGUACCUGACUGUACCACAUCCUCACCUGGCGAAGGACUGCACCAACUGCACUCCGGGCUUCAUCAGCAACAAAUCAGUUUUCAGAAGUAUUGAUCUGAAAGCCGUGGCAGCCAUCAGCGUCCUGCUGUACUCCAGCGGCGAGGAGCUACAGGUUCGAGGACCCAUCCAGAUCAGUCUGCCGCUGGGCCACCACACACACCUCAGGGCCUCUGAUACUGUGCCAGCCUGGGCCUUCAACCAGAAGACAGGUGGCUGGGAGAAUCAUGGCCUGGGAAUAGUUAAAACGGUUGGAAACGAGCUGGUUUGGACUUACACUGCUUCCCAUCUGGGCUACUGGAUCGCCGCCCCUCUGCCUUCAUCAAGAGAUUAUCUGGGACAUGCAAACUCUUUGGAUUUCCUAUCUUACCAUACCUACCUGUUGACUCGUCCUGCGGCACCGCUUUAUGAAAACAUCACUCCAGAUCGGUUGAAGGGUCCUCAGCCGUCACCUCACUACAUCAACAGUGAAGAGGUGUCUCGACUAAGGGAGAAGUCGGAGCAGAACCGGGCCAACAUCAACUGCGACAACUUCUUUCAGGAUAAGCUGGUCCAUAUCUACAACCAGCCAGUGGCCAUUAUUCCCGCUCCCGAGCUCUUCAGUGCUCAGGAGCAGCAGCUACCGGGCUGCAAGUCCGCCACCUUCCCCCGCAACGGAAGUGAGUAUGAUGCUCACUCAGAGCCUGCAAGUAAAGACAGCUACACCCAGACACUACCCAAAGUUCCUCACCACCACUCACAAGGUGGGAGCAGCCCACAGCAGAGUAGCCAAGAUGAUCCCCAGCCUCUGGAGACGCCCCCUCAGGGGCAAGGCCCUAACAGUGUGUGGGGACGCUACAGUAACCUCCUUGAAUCCUCCGUCUCUGUGCCUGGGACUCUUAAUGAGGCAGCUGGCAUGGAGGGCUUCAACACCGGGCACGGCGUGCCCAGUGAGUUGCAGGGGAUUUCAGAGCGCACCUUGCUGGAGCUGACGCGUGGCAAGUCCUUGUCGUCACCCAGAGCCUGGUUUGUCUCCUUAGACGGGAAGCCAGCAGCCCAGGUUCGCCACUCCAUCAUUGAGCUCCAGAGCCACCACCGCCCGCCGAGCAGCAACGACACCAGCCUGGACUCAGGGGUGGACAUGAACGAGCCUCAGCAAAGCAUCCGCGAGACGGAGCGUGACCGACCUUCUAUCAGGGCUUCUUCCCUGCCGCACCACAGCCGAGGCGGGCGGUAUGGUGAAGAGCAGGACCUGAGCAGCAGUGAGAGUGGCACCACUGCUACCUGCACACCAGAGGACCCGUCCCUGAGGAACAUUUUAGAUGGGAGCAGUGGGGCCAUUCCAAAUAUUCCCGAAGAGCGUGAUGGGAUGGAUACAUCCAGCGCUCAGGAGGACAGUGAAUCAAGAGGUACACCACCUCCACGGCGCCUGAGGAAGGUGAGGGAGAAGGGGAAGACGGAAAAGAGGAGCGCCAAGCACAUCCGGGAGGGCAGACCUCUGACCAAGAGAAGCUAAAGCUUCUCAGGCUCAUUUCCCUGCCCAUCAGUGCUUCAGUUAAAAUCCAAAUUAAAUGAUUCAUAUGAGUUUGUGUUCACACAGGCAUUGUUGUUGUUGAGUUCUGUGAUUGUACAACUUUGCCAAAGAAUGCAUAAGCGAGCUCAAGAAAUGAAUCAGCAUCCGUGUCACGUUAUGUAGCUGCUGUUAAGACGAGUUUGUGCACCGUGUUCUCUCAUUCUCCCAAAUCUGACGAUCACCAGCGAGAUUCCUCACAGCAGAUGUCCGUGUGAACACGAUGUCCCACAGUAUCCGGUUCUGGCAUUAUAGAGGGUGCCUUCUUACUGCCUGUAAUCAUUAAAUAGGGUUACGCAAAGGUGGUGUGUGUCGAUAUUUAGUAAAAAAACAAUCUGGUGAGUUUGCAGGAUGGACACAGAUACAGGUCAAUGUGUAGUGCACUUAUCCUCACCAUAAAUGCCUGCUGUAUAUUAAAUAAGACCAAGAAGCUUUCCCAGUCCGGAGCACUCACAUCUCGCUUUGUAUCCUACUGCCUCAUUCCAACAUAAUUGACGCUCUGGGAUUUGUUAAAUAAACUGAGUGUAAGUAACAGGAAAACGAGCUUCAGCUAUUCAACUUUUGACUAACUCCAGAACCUUUGGAUUGAAAUUUUGAUGUACAUUGUAAAGCAAAGCAAAGCUGCCAUUUUGAAGUUAAUUUCUAAAGUUCAAGGUUUUUAGCCUACAUCUGUUUUUGAAUGCAUGAAAAUGAAUGUUUUCACCGUGCGUAUGAAUAUAUUUGCAUUUUACCGUUAACAGUAAUUCAUCAUAGAUUACUUAGAGACUGAAUAUUUUUCCAUUUAUUUCCAUUUCCAGUUAUCCACAUUUAUUGGUACGACAAAACGUGUCAAGGCUUGUUUAACGGGAUUCGUAAGAGUCCAAAGAAUUAGAUUAACUGUUGGAAACAAUCAGUGGUACAGUUGCUACUUUUCUUUGAGGGAUACUGUUAUAAAUAUGCUGUUGUCGAACAGUGGACAAAUUGGACUUAUUGUGCUACCUAUUAGGUUUUAAUUGGUCAGUGUAUGUCUAAGUAACCUCUGCAAGGAAAAGUGCCAGCUUCAGUCUGCUUUAAAUACUUGCUUUCAGACAGUUUUUUCUGCUGUUGGCUCUGGAUGAUGUCAGAGAGUGGGGCUGUCUUUGCCCCACCCACUUGUUGUUCAAACCCUCUGUUUGUUAGGGGAAGCCAUUUAGAAGAAAAAUAGUCUAAGAUAGGCACUAAUGGGGCUACUCUAGGGCUCGGUAUAAGAAAAAUAAGGAAUAUUUAUUAUUUUGAUCCUUGAAUAAUGCAAAGCUACUCCAGUAGAGUCCAAGAAUAACAACAUGGAGAUGGUAAUGAGCAUAGCAAGUCCUCUUUAACUGGAAGAACCUGUUGCUUGCUAAUAAAUUAGGAUUUGAUUUACUUUUUUCUUAAUACCUGAACAUCUUUUCGGGUACAGCGUUACCCUUUGAAACUAAUUUCAGCAUUGUGCAAUUGGUGCCUUGGAGAUCUGCUUUUAGCUGUACCUGUAUGCCCAAAUCUAUUUAUAUAUAUACUCACACAGUAGGCAUCAACAUAGGUUUAUAUUUUCUAGAGGAGGGAAAAAAAUCUGGGUUUGAAUAACGCUUCAGUUUAUAAUAAUGGUUCUCCUCUUUUGGUCCAUUGGUCUUUGCUACACUGAUAUAGUGCAGCUCACAGAAGGCAAUGCCAUUGUAGCGGUCUGUGAGCUGGUUGGUCCGUUGGUAAACCAUGUCAACAACUGUUGGUGGUUUACUGUUAGAAUGUGUACACAGGCUCAUUGUUUCCUGAUACUGUCUCACAAUUAUUUCAAUCACAAUCACUUAUUUUCCUCUCCGGUUCACCAUGAGGCUGACAUUUGGUUGGAUGGAUUGCCAUGUAUAUUAAUGUUCCUCUCAGGAUGAUUUGUAAGAACUUUGCUGACCCUUAAAUUUCCACGCUGCAUCAUCUUAAAGUCAAAAUCAUAGACUGUAUAAAAGAUGGACGUAGCCACCAGAGCAUCAUCCAUUGGCCUGUUAAGUGCUUCAGUGGAUGAGUGUUUUCCCCUUUUGCUGCCUUGGUGUUUGAAACCAGCUGUGAGGUGUGGAUUUGACUGACAAACUACUUGCUCAGUUUUAAGAUUUUUAAAACGAACGACUAUGGAACAACUAUGAUCUGAAACUGGCAACUGUGUCCGUAACUUGUCAACUAGGAACUGUGGGCGGUUUCCUAUAAAGGUUUAUACGACCCAAAGUCUUUUUGUAGUCAGAGGAGUCGCCCCCCGCUGGAUACCAGAAUGCACCUUUAAGACGCUCCUGCAUUAGCUUGACUUUGUCCAUCCUUUAAACAGUCCAUGGUCAAAUUUUCAACUGUUCAGUUCCUGCAAAACUAAUAAUAAUGUCUGCUGUACUUUGUGGCUAACUAGCAAAUGUGAGAAAUAUUAGCUGAAAUAAGAUGACUAAGGCCUCAUUUACACAAGGCUGCUAGGGAAAAAAAUAUUCUCCAACCAAAAGAAAACUACAUUAAGCUCUCCCAUUAUUCACUAAGGGUUUCCACAGUGGGCAGUGCUGUAUAUUUGAUUGGGCAGGAUACCCUUCCUGAUGCAACCCACAAGACCAGUGACCCCCUUGUAGCUGCCGUUCACUAUGGAAAAAUGUGUUUUCCCAGAUUAGCAAAAGGUUGUUGGAGGUUACUGUUGCUAGGUGAAACUGGCUGUAACAAGAUAGAGGGCUGAUUUGGCGCAGAAGUCUCCACCUGGUUUGCAAACACUUCAAGUCCUGUCAACUACUCACGAAGCGAUAGUAAAACUGUGAAGAAUAGAGCACAGACUGCCUUUACAGUAAAAGUUUUGCUUUUUGAAAUAUGUUGUUUCAGCAGCUUUUACUUUGAACGCAAAUGUUCUAGGUGGCGCCACACUUGUUCAUGUUUCAUUACCACUCAUUGGUUGACUGGUGAGUGUUUGCAGACAAAUUCCAUGCAAACUGUGGACGACCGCAGUAAUCUGCUAGUGGCCAAAGCAAUUGCAACAAGGUUUUUGAGGCAGUACCCUGUUUUGCCAACUAUUUUACACAACGACAGCCAGCAACCACUCACCAACCAGUCAGGGAAUACACAUUUUAUAAGGGGUGUGCUGACUGGUCUGCGGCCCUACAAGGCAAACAUAUACUCGCUUAGCAUGUUAAGCUUAAUUAUUGUGACCAUAUUAGCAUGCUAGCAUUAAGCUCAGAGGACAACUGGUAGCAUAAAUCUGAGUACUUAAGCUCUUAAUAUUUAUACAAAGAAGUAUUUUAGUGAAAUAUUGAACAAAAAGGCCAACCAUACUCUUUUAUGCCUUUCCUACUUGGCAGGACAAGGCAGGUUUAUCCAUGUUUCCAAGAAAUCUUCAGUGGAUAAAUAUGGGUACCCACUGAAGGUUGGGUAAAAACCCACUAAAAGUGGGUAAAAAUAUCCACAAUAAAACAUUUAAAACUGAUGAACCAUGAUACAGUGUGAAAAACAAUGGUUCAAAUAGCAAUAUUUUCAAGUAAAUUCACUUUUUAAAGAGAACAGUGCAGCAAAGCUUUUACCAUAAUUAGUCUUCCAUCAUUUUACGACUCUUUGGAUUUCAUUCUGUACAUUCACGUGUGCUCUUUUGUAUGUAUAUAGUAAAGAUUUUAUGUACGAUGUGACAGUGAUUUAAAUCAUUUGUGCUGUUUUUUUCUACCAUCCAGAAGUGGAGAUGUGCACCGGUUGAAUGAAACAGAUUUUGAGUGUUUCCCCCCCACAGGAUUGUACAAAAAGCCUGAGCUUUGUAAUUUAAAUGUAGCAACAAACUGAGCACUUGAUCAUUCAGUACGCUUACAGCUGAAAAUAUUUUUCUCCUGCUUGUCAUCAGCUUUAAAAAACAUGGUACACCCCAGCCUCAGCGGCCACUCGAGGAGUCGUAUGUGAACACGUUGUGCUGGUACUUCUUGACGAGCGCAACAACUCCGAUCACUGCCACUUCCUGUUUUUGGACGUGAUUUGUAUUGAUUUCCAUGUAUAGUGUUGCCCUCGUGUGUCUCACCAUUGAAUUGUCUGAUUCUUCCCCAGUGGACACCUCUUGUGUUUUUACCUCUGUAAUGAUGGUAGUGCUGUUAGUCUUGCCUUUUUUGUGCACCAAAUUAAUAAACUUAGUUGAUACCAGU